AUGACUUUGUCUUCAAAAGCUACGGCUUUAAAAACUAGUUUUAUAAUUGAAAAAUCUAUAGAACCUGUUUAUACCGGAGGAAGUGUUUCUUUAUCAGCAGAUGGAUAUAUUUUUUCUAGUUCAUUAGGAGAGGACGUUAAAAUAAUUAAUAUUGAUACAGGAGAGAAGAUAUGUUUUAUAAAUGGUGACUCAGAAAUAAUUACCUCUUUAGCAUUGGUAUUAGAAGGAACUAGGUUAAUAAUAGCUUCUAGAUCAUUAAUGCUUCGUCAUUAUGAAAUUCCAUCAGGAAAUCUAAUUUAUAGUUUGAAGGCUCAUGAUGCACCUAUUAUAGUUAUGGAAUCUGAUAUAACUUCAACUUUAAUAGCUACAGGUGGAGCAGAGGGUUCGGUUAAAGUUUGGGAUAUAAAAGGUGGAUAUAUUACUCAUCAAUUUAAAGGACAUGGUAGUGUUAUUAGUGCUAUUAGAUUUUCUACGGAAAUUAAAAAAAGAAAGGAUAGAUGGCUAUUAGCAACUGCUGCUGAUGAUUAUAAAAUAAAGGUUUGGGAUUUAGUUACGAAUUGUUGUCUUUCUACUCUUGAUGGACAUAUAAGUGUAAUUCGUGGUUUAGAUUUUUCCGAUGAUGAAAAGAUUCUUGUAAGUGGAUCAAGAGAUAUGGUUUUAAAUUUUUGGGAUCUCGAUACAUUUAAAUUAAAAAAUUCAGUAUCUUUGUUUGAGAGUAUAGAAUCUGUUCAAUUCCUUCAAAAAGGUCUUUUAGUUGACAACAAGCAAUUGAUAGUAACUGGAGGAAGCAAAAAUGUUGUUCGCUUUUGGGAUUAUAUUUCUGGAUUAGAAAUUAGUCAAACAUCUAUUUCUAAAUCAAAAGAUGUUACUAUUUGUGAAAUAAUAUAUAAUAGUAGGAGAAAUAUUUUACUUUCUGUUCUUUCAGAUUACUCUUUAGUAGUUCAUUCUCUUUCUUCUUUAAAGCUUCCUAUAAUUCGAAGGAUAUCAGGGUAUUAUGAUGAGAUAAUUGAUUGUACUUAUAUAGGAAGUGAUGAAUCUCAUAUUGCUAUUGCUUCUAACUCUCAAAAUAUUAGUAUAGUGGAUUGUUUAAACUUGAAUUUUAGUCUUUUGGAGGGGCAUAGAGAUAUUGUUAUUUGUCUUGCUGCUAGUAAAAAUGGACAAUGGCUUGCUUCAGGUUCUAAAGAUAAUGAAGCAAGGUUAUGGAAGUUUGAUAUAGAGUCUAAUCAUUUUUUAAAUAUUGCUACAUUUACUGGUCAUACUGAUUCUAUCGGAUCUAUAGCUUUAUCAUCUAUAAAAAAAGGUAUAAUUCCAAAUUUCUUAUUAACAGGAUCUCAUGAUCAAACAAUCAAAUUAUGGAAUUUAUUAAAUGUGGAAGAAUGUUGUGUUAAGUCUUUAUACACAAGAAAAGCACAUGAGAAAGAUAUUAAUGCAUUAGAUAUAUCUUAUGACGAUAAAAUAUUUAUUUCUGCAUCUCAAGAUAAGACAUGUAAAGUUUGGGAUCUUUAUAGUGGAAAGAUGUUGGGUGUUCUAAAAGGGCACAAAAGAGGUGUCUGGAGUGUAAAGAUUUCAGAUUAUGAAAAAAUAGCAAUUACUGGAUCUUCAGAUAAAUUAAUAAAAUUGUGGAACUUAUAUGAUUAUUCAUGUUUAAAGACCUUCGAAGGGCAUACAAAUUCUAUUUUAAAAGUGCUUUUUGUUUCUUCUGGACAACAAAUAAUAAGUUCAGGUAGUGAUGGUUUAGUAAAACUUUGGACUAUUAAAACUAGUGAAUGCGUAACUACUUUAGAUAAUCAUACAGAUAGAGUUUGGUCAUUAUGUGUCUCUUCGUCUGAAAAUAUAGUAAUAUCAGGGGGUGCUGAUUCUGUUAUAAAUUUUUGGAAGGAUGUUACUCAAGAAGAAAAAAAACGAAUUGAAGCUGAAAAAUCUUUUUUUGUAGAAAAUGAACAGCAACUAUCUAAUUAUAUUCAAUGUCAAGACUGGAAAAAUGCAAUUAUUUUGGCUAUGUCAUUAAAUCAUCCAUAUAAACUUUUUAUGCUUUUUAAAGAAAUAUUAAAUAAAAAUCUACCUGGUUUUACUGAUAAAUCAGUUAUGGGGUUUAGUGUUGUAGAUGAAAUUCUUGAAUCAUUGAGUUUAGAGCAGCUUUCUGGUAUUAUUAGUCGUUUAAGAGAUUGGAAUACGAAUUUUCGUACAUCUUAUAUAGCUCAAAGGAUAUUAUAUAUUCUCCUGCGAACAUACGAUGCUUCUUAUUUCUUACAAAUUUCUAAUAUUAAAAAAGUUUUAGAUGUUAUGAUACCUUAUUCUGAACGUCAUUAUAAAAGGAUUUCUGGGCUAAUUGAGACAUCAUUUCUGAUUGAUUAUACAUUAAGAGAAAUGGAAGAUUUCUCUGACUUUUCUAAACCAUAA